CUGCCUCCCUAGAAGGAGGAGGGAGGGGUCCUUUGCCUGCCUGCCUGUCUGCCAUCCAGCCAUCCUCAGCAUCAUCACACAAGCACAGCUGCUGAUGUGUGCCUCAUCCAGCCAUGGAUUCAGGAUUCAGGCUGCUCAGCUUUCAUCUCUGCCCGACUUCAACAUGAUAUGGACUGGAGGGCUGGAGACAAUGGAUGUAGAUGGUUGAAGUCACAGGGCUUCCACCAGAGCAGAACUUUGUCCUUCCUGGAAUCCUAACCUAACAGGAGUUCCAACAUCCAACCAUGAUGGCUUUUUAUUGAAAGUAGUGAAGUCAGACGCUUUAAAACAAGAAUGGCGAAAAAAGGGCGCAACAAGGGCGAGAAGCCUGAAGCCCUAAUACUUGCUCUUCAAGCUGCAAAUGAAGAUCUCAGGACUAAAUUAACAGACAUUCAAAUUGAGCUACACCAGGAGAAAUCCAAGGUGUCUAGGCUUGAAAGGGAGAAAAAUCAAGAGAGUAAAAGGAUAAAGGAGCAGGAACAACACAAACACACUGCAACUGUUUCUGAACUGAAAGCCAAGCUGCAUGAAGAGAAGAUGUUGGAGCUUAAGGCAGUAAGGGAGAACUUAAUCAAACAGCAUGAGCAGGAGAUGUCUCGGAUGGUUAAAUUAAAAGAGGCAGAGAUCCUGCGACUAAAGUCGGCUGUUAAUGCUCUUCGCGAUGGCAGCAGUGACAAAGUAAGGACAGCUCUGAGCACAGAGGCACGAGAAGAAGCCAGAAAAGUGUUUGACUCUGAGCGCCUCAAGCUCUUACAGGAGAUCACGGAGCUGAAAUCUGCUAAGAAACAAACGGAUGAAGCUCUCAAUAAUAUGAUCCAGGCUGACAAAAUCAAGGCUGGGGAUUUGAGAAGCGAGCAUCAUUCCCACCAGGAGGCUAUUACAAAGUUUAAAUGGGAAAGCGAAAGGGACAUUCGUAGAGUGAUGGAUGAAAUUAAAGCAAAAGAUAGGAUCAUCUUCUCUCUUGAAAAAGAGCUUGAGACAACAACCAGCUCCCUGCAAAAGCUUUUGUUACAAAAGGAAGCCUUGGAUGAUCAAUUAUUUUUAGUUAAAGAAGCUGAGUGCGGCGUUGGAAGUCCAAAGCGUGAAAUCCCAGGAAGGGCAGGGGAUGGAUCAGAGCACUGUGGAAGUCCGGACUUACGCAGAAAUCAGAAAAGAAUGGCGGAAUUAAAUGCAACAAUCCGAAAACUGGAGGACAGAAAUACAUUGCUUGGGGAUGAGAGAAAUGAACUGCUGCGGAGAGUCAGGGAAGCAGAAAAACAAUGCAAACCUAUGCUGGAAAAGAACAAGUGCCUCACUAAAAGAAAUGAUGAACUAAUGCAAUCCUUGCAACGUAUGGAGGAGAAGCUGAAAGUCCUUUCAAAGGAAAAUGCAGAAAUGAAAGAGAAAAUAACAUCUCAUCCUCCACUGAAGAAGUUAAGAUCCUUAAAUGACCUUGACCAAGCAGGAGAGGAACAAGAAAUCGAGUUUUUGAAGUUACAAGUGGUAGAACAACAGAACAUUAUCGAUGAUUUAACAAGGGACAGAGAGAAAUUAAUUCGACGGAAAAAGCAUAAAAGAAGCUCCAAGCCUAUAAAGAGACACCUAGUGGACACUGUGUUUGGUUACGAUGAUGAUUCAAUGGAUUCAGAAACGUCCUCAGUUGCGUCCUAUCGAACAGACAGAACACCAGCCACGCCUGAUGAUGACUUGGAUGAGAGUUUAGCAGCAGAAGAAUCAGAGCUGAGAUUUCGGCAGUUAACUAAGGAGUACCAAGCACUACAGAGGGCUUAUGCUUUACUCCAGGAACAUACUGGCAGUAUCAUGGAUGCAGAACGGGAGGCCAAGGAACAGGAACAGAUGCAGACAGAGGCUUUGCGUUACAAAGCCAAAAUCGAAGACUUGGAAAAGGCUUUGGCUCAGAGGGGACAGGAUUCCCAUUGGGUGGAAGAAAAACAACUUUUCAUGAAACGAAACCAGGAGCUAAUAGAAAAGAAUGAAAAACUGGAGUUUGAAAAUAAUCGACUUCAACAAGAAUUGCAAGAUGCCAGAGAUCAGAAUGAACUGUUGGAAUUCCGUAAUCUAGAAUUAGAAGAGAGAGAGAGAAGGUCUCCUCCCUUUAAUCUUCAGAUCCAUCCAUUUUCUGAUGGUGUUAGUGCACUACAAAUCUACUGCAUGAAGGAAGGUGUCAAGGAUGUCAAUAUACCGGAUCUAAUCAAACAGCUGGACAUUCUGGGGGACAACGGGAAUCUGAGAAAUGAAGAACAAGUUGCUAUUAUUCAAGCUAGUACUGUGUUAUCCCUGGCUGAAAAGUGGAUACAGCAGAUAGAAGGAGCAGAAGCUGCCCUACAUCGGAAGAUGAUGGAGUUGGAGAGUGAUAUGGAACAGUUCUGCAAGCUCAAGGGUUAUUUAGAAGAAGAACUGGAUUAUAGAAAAACAUCUCUGGACCAGGCAUACUUGCGAAUCCAAGAACUGGAGGCCACACUUUAUAAUGCACUGCAGCAAGACUCAGUCAUUAAGUUUGGAGAGCUUCUAAAUGACAAGCAGCAAGAUGAGCUCAGGAUGGCUGUGGAAAAGCUCAGAAGACAAAUGUUGAGAAAAAGCAGAGAGUUUGACUGUCAGAUCCUUCAGGAAAGGAUGGAGCUUCUGCAACAAGCUCACCAGAGGAUACGGGAUCUGGAGGAUAAAACUGAUAUUCAGAAGAGACAGAUUAAAGACUUAGAGGAAAAGUUUCUAUUUCUAUUCCUGUUCUUUUCUCUUGCCUUCAUUAUUUGGCCUUGACAUUAAUGUUACCUCUUGAUCAGACUUUUAGGAAACACGGAUGAGCCCUUGCAAAAAGACCAAUGCUUCCAUACUGCAGAGAGGAGGACACAAGGUAUGCCUGUGCUGGAGUGAGGAGAUGCAAAAUACAAAGCCAUUGUUCCUGAUCUGCUACUUGACGGUAGUACAUAGUCACCGUCUAUAUGCUGCACUCAUAAGACGUGUUUACUUAGAAGAAAUGUUUAUCUGUUCACUGAGUCCAACAGGUGCCACAGGUCAACAAGAGGAGAGCAUCUUGGGCACAGAACCAAAGUCAUUGAGAAACAAUUUAUUCCCUGCUGUGCAGGGGAACACUUUUAAUGUAACAUCGAAAAUUAAAACGAAAGACUUAGAAAAAGGAUCAAAUUUCUGAAGGACAAAGCCGGAGACAUAUUCAAAUCCCCGACCAGGUUAUUUACAAUAAAACAUUCUAUAAUAACA